GCGGGGGUCAGCCGCGUCAGGCUCCCAUGGCGUCACCAUUGACGUCUCGCAUUCCAGCCGCUCUAUGAAGAGGCCGCCGGGGCUCCUCUGGCAUAAAUGACGUGCGUCUCAGAGAGAGACCGAGACACAGAAACACACAGACAGAGAGAGAGGGAACAGGACCCACCGCUCACGGCACACGGGGACCGCGAUCGCAUCCAACAAGACACGCUCCUCCUCCUCCUUCUCUUCUUCCAAUGCCUCAGGACCAGAGCGCAUCCCUCCGGAGUGAAGCGUCCCCGGAGCCCCGGGCUUCCCUCCUCGCCCGACUGCUGCUGCUGCCCUUUGGAGGGGAAGGAGGCGUGGGACAAAACUCGAUGUAAAGACGGAACCGACACAGCAGACCAAGCCCAGCUUGGAGAAGCCCCCUGCCGCCAGCCCCGGCUCCGCAGCUGCAGCCGCCCAGGAGGGCUCCCCGCCGGCCCCGGCUCCAGCCCCCCUCCGCCUCUGCCUCCACCAUUCAGCGAGCAAGCCACCCUCCAGAUAUGCCCUGUGUGCAAGCCCAGUACAACCCCUCGCCACCUGGCUCAACGUAUGCAUCUCAGAGCUUUGCCUAUGGCUCUGAGUACAAUCCUGAGAUCAUGAACCCUGACUACACCAAGCUGACAAUGGAACUGAGCAGUGCUGAGAUCAGUGCCACCGCUACCACCUCUCUACCCAGCUUCAGUACUUUUAUGGAGGGCUAUGCUGGGAGCUAUGAGCUCAAGCCCUCGUGCCUAUACCAAAUGCAGUCUGCCUCGUCUUGUUCUUCACCAUCCUCUUCUGCAAGUCAGAGGCCCCUCAUUAAAAUGGAAGACAAUCGGAUGCACAGUUAUCACUCUUCACUGCCUCCUUCCACGGAAGAAGGCAUGGCAAACACCCCCAUGUAUUUCAAGCAGUCGCCACCUUCCACACCCACCACCCCUGGUUUUCCUCCCCACCAGGCCCCCUGGGAUGAACCACCACCCCCGCACUCUCUUCCACCACCACAGACCUGUAUGGCGCCCAGCCAUCUGAUGGACACUGCCCCGAUGAAAACUGUGACUAGCCGCUUUCCACUCUUCCAUUUCAAGCAUUCGCCACCCCACACACCCACUGCCACUGCCCACAUGUGCUAUGACACCACUGCCUUGAGUCUACCUAUUGGAUCAGAAAGGGCCACUGCUAGCCAAGUUGCUAUGGAAAACCAUCCAUAUGGGCUUCCAAUGUCCAAGAGAGCAGCCACCUUAGCCUUCUCACCACUGGGCCUCAAUGCAGCAACAUCCAGUCUUUUGGGUGAGAGUAGCAGUAGCAGCAGUGGCCUCCCUUCUCCACACAGCCGAAGUUCUUCAUCGGGAGAGGGCACAUGUGCAGUGUGUGGGGAUAAUGCUGCCUGCCAGCACUACGGGGUGCGAACAUGUGAAGGCUGUAAGGGCUUCUUCAAGAGGACAGUUCAGAAAAAUGCAAAAUAUGUUUGCCUGGCUAAUAAAAACUGCCCAGUGGAUAAACGCCGUCGAAACAGAUGUCAAUACUGCCGAUUUCAAAAGUGUCUCAGUGUCGGCAUGGUAAAAGAAGUUGUCCGUACUGACAGUUUAAAAGGGAGAAGAGGCCGGCUGCCUUCCAAACCAAAGAGUCCUUUACAGCAAGAACCUUCCCAGCCCUCCCCACCUUCUCCUCCAGUCAGUAUGAUGAAUGCUCUUGUGCGAGCUUUAUCGGAUUCUGCACCCAGGGAGCUUGAUUAUUCCAGAUACUGUUCCACAGAGCAAGCUUCUACAGGUACAGAUGCAGAGCAUGUACAACAGUUUUAUAAUCUUCUUACUGCCUCCAUUGACAUAUCAAGAAGCUGGGCAGAAAAAAUUCCAGGAUUUACAGACCUCCCAAAAGAAGAUCAAACUCUGCUCAUAGAAUCAGCAUUUUUGGAGCUUUUUGUAUUGCGACUGUCCAUCAGAUCUGACACUGCUGAAGAUAAAUUUGUUUUCUGCAAUGGACUUGUGCUUCAUAGACUUCAGUGCCUUCGUGGAUUUGGGGAGUGGCUCGACUCGAUUAAAGACUUUUCCUUAAAUUUACAGAGCCUCAACCUUGACAUCCCAGCCUUAGCAUGCUUAUCAGCUCUAAGUAUGAUUACAGAACGACAUGGAUUAAAAGAACCAAAGAAAGUGCAUGAGCUAUGCAACAAGGUUAUGAGCUGCCUGAAAGAUCACUUAGCCUUCAGCUGCCAGAGCAAAGGGCAACCUUUUGAGCCUGCAGAAUCUAAGGUACUUGGUGUCCUUGCUGACUUGCGUUCCCUCUGCACACUAGGACUGCAGCGUAUCUUUUACCUGAAACUGGAAGAUUUGGUGCCACCCCCUUCCAUAAUUGAGAAGCUGUUUCUGGACACGUUACCAUUCUGAAAUUCCAACUUGCCCUCAAGAAAGGCAACUGUCUAUCAGAGCAGGCAUAGAGAUUGGAAUUUACUGCUAACAAUGUUCCUCUCAUCUAACAGUGUAAGAAGUAGUUCCAGCCCUAAGCCGUAGACUUUUCCUAAUGCAUUUCCUUGCAAAGUGAGGCCUAAAUCCUAAUUUACAGUUCUGAAGAUAGGGAAUUGGAAGUGGGGAGUUGAAUGCAGUUUUGUUUUGUUUGUAAUUGCUAAAUAUGGCACUUUUGGGUGAUACUAUCCCAGCUGGAAAAAGAAGGUGUGUUAAUAUGACUGUUUAAAAACUAUUGCCGAUUAGUUGGUGAGUAGAAAAAUGUAGAUGCUAAAUGUGUGAAAACUGAAACAAUAACAAAUUGUUCAUCCAAGUAGUGUGUGUUUUUAUAAUUUAAACAUUUAGCUUAUUUCCCAUGCCAAGGGUAUAUUAUGCUGUCAUAAAUUAAAAUGCUUUCUUUCUCUACUCCCCACCCCCCCAAAAAUUAAUAAUGUUCACUCACUGUUUCCUAUAAAUCAGAUAUAGCAAAAUGACAAUGGCUGUUAGCUCCCAAGCUCAAGGGCAAUUUUUAAAGUGCUGUCUUAUUGUUUAUUAACUAUAAUUUAUUUUAAUAUGAUUGUUAAAAUACUAGAAAUGAGUUUUACAUGCAUUAACUUCCAUGACCAAGUUUUUUAAACUUUGGAUCAAUGUAGCAUGACUCACAACUAUAUGUGGAAGGCAAGGAACAGGAGCAAUUUGUAAUAGGCUCACAAGUGUAUUCCUAGGCUGAAUUAAGUAAAUAACAAUGCAGAUUUGAUGAAACAGAUAGGGUCAGCAUCAGGCUUAGUAUUGGGGUUAGAAAUGAAUUUUGCUAAUUGGUUAGAAAACAGAUACAACAGGAGCAGUUCAGAAAAAUAAGUCUUGUAAAUGUCUGAACAUAAAUGAUAGGAAGGGUUUGAUGGGCUGUAUUUUAAACAUUCCUUGUAUGUAUUACCCUUCCUCCCUUUUUGUAUGUUUAUACUGUCAAUGCCAUAUUAAUAUGAAGCAAUUUGUUGCAUAGUGUCUUUAUUUGUAUAAAUAUUUGUAUGCAUGAAAUAUUGUAAAACUUUGCCUGUAUUUAUUGCUAUGACUGCCAGCUCAAGGGAGCCGUGCUACACUGCGUGACUAAAUGGUGUGUUCACACUGACUCAGAUAUAUAAUGGGUAUGAGUGUGGGUAGUCUCUCACACACAUGCAUAUGUAUGUGUGCAUUUUUAUUAACUAGUUGUAUAUAAAAUCUGUCCUUUCACAAGCAAACCUUAUCUUACUGUUUAUUUGCAGUGAUUUUUAUGGCAGUACAAUUUAGCACUUUGAUAUUAAAAAUCUUGCUCAUGUUUUGCUAAAUUAAAUAAUAUUUAAAUAUUUUCAUUCUUUACAAAAACAUUUAUAUGCACUGUAUUAAGUCAAGGUUUCAUUGGUCAUUUUGCUAAGAAAAAAACUUUUUGAAUGUCAACCUGCUGUCCCUGUAUUUUUUUUUUUUGUUAGCUUUAAACAGUCUACAGUAAUUUUGUCCUUUUUAAAAUAACUAUGUUGUUUAUAUGGAAAUUAAAUUAUAUAGUCAAAUCUAUGCCAAACUAACUGCCUAAUAGCUGCAAUGAAUAACCUAGCUAUCAAGCUAUUAUCUGGUUUUCAAAGAGUUGCUGGAUUUUAUCAUUUAUUAUGUUUGGACAUCUUGGGGUAUGGAUUUAUUCUUCUAUCAAAAUUAGUAAUAGUGUCAAUAGGGAAACAUGCUUCUAAUCAGUAUAGCUAAUAAUUUCAGUUUACCUGCAGAUAAUAUUUGAAAAUGUAUUGCUUUUUUAUAUUGACUGUAUGUGCAAAUAGAAUAGCAUAAUUAAAUAUUAGAGGAAGCUGAUUUUUCCUGCGGGUUGAUCUCACUUGCCUGACCUGCAAAGCAAACAUAUUUUGAUUUUUAAUUUGAAUUUUUGUACAAAUUGUGUACACAAUCACAACUGAAUUUGAAAAGAUAUGCCAGUGUUUUCACACAUGUGCAAAAGUUAUAAUUGUCAUUAACCUGCUGGAGUGAAUAGGAGCUUUUGUCAUUAAUUUUAUUGAGGUUCAUGUUUCAGUCAUUCUAGUAGAAUGUCAUACUUCUUUAAUUAAAAAAAAAAAAGCCAGAAGAGGCAUGAAAACCCUAGUUCUCACUAAAAUAACUAGAAGCUGAAGAUCCAUGACACUUCAGAGAUUUGUGUUGUUAAGGUGAAAUGUGUGGGCUUUUCAACAGAAAUAUUGUUCAUAGAAUAUGAUUGUUGAUAAAUUUCAAGAGAAAGAUAGAGGGAAAGAUUUAAUGCUGAUAAAUCUAUUCCUUUUCUGAGACUCCUCAGUGUGCUGAUGUCUUGUUUCAUGAGCAAAAAAUCAGGAAUAUAACAGCUAUUAAAGGAGAGUGCCUUGCUUUUAUUUCAGACAGAGUGCUUCAGAAGUUUCUCGACUCCUCUAACAGCUGUGUGUGUUUGUGUGUGUGUGAGAGAGAGAGAGGGAGGGAGCAUGAUGUGUAUGAGAGAAAGAGUUAACCUGUGGGGUUACAGAAAUGCUCUGGUACAUAUCCAUUGUCAAUUAAAAUGAUUAAAUCAAAU